AUGUGGAUGGUGUUGAGUAUAUUAUCCUCUCUCAUUCUCUCUUUAGAACACAUCAUAACCGAUUUCUUUGGUUCUCCGUUAACGGUCACUCCAUCUGACUCCAUGGAACUCUCCCUCCUCCUUUACCAGCCUUCCAAACCCUUGCUCCAUUGCCAGUCACUCAUCUCUAUUUCCAUCUCAAGGAAGAGGCUCCCCAACAGAAAUGCAUCUCUGUUGCCAUGUCGCUGCUCAUCAACUUCCUCAGGGGCCACAGCAAAACCGGAAACGAUAUCAUUACAACAGGAGGGAAGGAGGGCAUUGUUGGGUUGUUUUCUCGCUGCAGCUGCUGGGAUUUGUGUUUGCGAUGUGGCUGGUGCUGUUAGCUCAAGUAGAAGAGCUCUUCGAGGAUCAAAAAUACCUGAGAGUGAAUAUACAACUCUCCCUAAUGGUCUAAAGUCAGUAUAGUACGCUGACCUAUAUCUUUCACAUAUUUGACUUUCAUGUAGUUUGUUUCCACAUACCUUUGCCUUGCUAUGUUAACAAAUAUGUGUGUGUGUGCGUGCACGAAUGCUUAUUUAUUUACAUAUUUGGUUCAUAAUAUCUUCCAAUUUUUUGCUUUUGGUGCUUUAGACUCUUUAUGUUGUAUGUAAUUGUAUCUCCUUACAUGUUGUGUCUGGCUUCAAUUUAAGAAAUGUCUUUCUAUUUCAACACUUUCAAAAAUUCUUAAGGAUAAAAUUUGUUCUUAGCAUGGGAUUUCCGAGUUGAAAAUUAUAUGGUUUUGCAUAGCAUAUAUAAAUUUUUCAAUGUUUCAACUCGUUACCUUCUAAUUUUGGUGUUAUUUUAUUCAUGACUUUCCUUCUAGAGGCAGUAUUUACAUUUGUGCAUAUGUUCCCUUAUUUUUCAAGAAGAAAAUAUUUACUCUUUUAAGUUUUUUAUGGCAAUAUUAUUCAGGUAUUAUGAUUUGAAGGUUGGAGGUGGACUUAAAGCUAUGAAAGGAUCUCGCGUUGCAGUACGGUUGUGGCCCAGUUAAAUUUUUGAUUUCUGGCUGCAUGGUUUAAACUUUCUAGAAGCACAUAUGUAACCAUAAAAUGUGGAUACUGAGCUCUGUAAAAAUUCAUUGACACGCACUGACUUAGUUCAGGAUAUCUGUACUUCUUCCUUAGAUUCGUUUCUGUUUGCAAAUUCUUGCCCUUUAUGGUUUCUUUCAUUUUUUCCCGAAAAUGUUGAUAAUUGUUCUCUUACAUUUGAAGUGUUCAUAAUUGAAUCUUCUGAAAUGACAUUCAAUUGCUGUUAGGGCCUUCCUUUAAAUCAGUACAUUAUGUUUCAAAAACGAAUGUAAAUACUGAAGAAUUUCGACUGAGAGAAGCUCAAAAAGACGUCUUUUACUCCGGGAUACACGCUUAUGUUCGCC